ACUGUUUCUUCCUCGCUAGCUCCGUCCACCGGACAACUCACCUCCUCUCCUCCCUCCCAGUUCCGCUGGCUCCUGCAAGAGUAUCAAUGGCGGCGGCUUCCUGGAGGGACCUUGCUCUGGCAAUGGCGGCCGUGGGCUGGGUUCUUGGCGGUUGUCUUGUGUGGGCGUUCCCGGCGGAGGAUUUGGUGGCCAGGCUGCCGGGGCAGCCGCCGGUGACGUUCAGGCAGUUCGCCGGGUACGUCGACGUCGAUGUCAAGGCCGGCCGGAGCCUCUUCUACUACUUCGCCGAGGCGCAGGAGGACGCCGCCGCCAAGCCUCUCACGCUGUGGCUGAACGGAGGUCCCGGCUGUUCUUCGAUUGGAGGUGGUGCUUUCACAGAACUAGGUCCAUUUUAUCCUAGAGGAGACGGCAGGGGUCUCAGAUUGAACAAAAAGUCAUGGAACAAAGCGUCCAAUCUAUUGUUUGUCGAAUCACCAGCUGGAGUUGGAUGGUCUUACUCAAACACUUCAUCAGACUACAACACUGGCGACGUGCGGACUGCGGAUGACAUGUACAGAUUUUUGCUGGGAUGGUACAAAAAAUUCCCAGAGUACAGAUCAAGAGCCUUGUUUCUUACUGGAGAGAGCUAUGCAGGGCAUUACAUACCACAACUUACCGAUGUACUACUUACACAUAAUGAGAAAUCAAAGGGUUUCAAGUUCAAUAUCAAGGGUGUUGCUAUUGGGAAUCCGCUUCUGAAGCUUGAUAGGGAUGUCCCUGCAACCUAUGAGUAUUUCUGGUCUCAUGGCAUGAUCUCUGAUGAAAUAUUUCUAGCGAUCAGCCACAGUUGUGAUUUUGAGGAUUACACCUUCAAUGACCCCCAUAAUGAGAGCAAGUCAUGUAACGAUGCCAUAUCUGAAGCAAACACUAUAGUUGGGCAGUACGUCAACAACUACGAUGUUAUUCUCGAUGUCUGCUACCCAUCAAUUGUGAUGCAGGAGCUACGGCUGCGAAAAUAUGCAACGAAAAUCAGCGUGGGAGUGGAUGUUUGCAUGACCUAUGAGAGGUUUUUCUAUUUCAAUCUUCCAGAAGUGCAGCAGGCUCUGCAUGCUAAUAGGACACAUUUGAAGUAUCAAUGGGGCAUGUGCAGUGAUGUCCUAAACUACAGCAAUACGGAUGGCAACAUCAACAUCUUGCCUAUCCUUCAAAGAAUUGUGGAGCACAAAAUACCACUUUGGGUGUUCAGUGGUGAUCAAGACUCUGUUGUGCCCUUGCUGGGCAGCCGAACCCUUGUGCGAGAGCUAGCUCACACCAUGGGGUUACCUGUUACAGUUCCCUACAGUACUUGGUUCCGCAAAGGCCAGGUUGGAGGCUGGGUGACAGAGUAUGGCAAUUUUCUGACCUUCGCAACAGUGCGGGGUGCAUCCCACAUGGUGCCAUUCGCACAGCCGGACCGGGCUCUCGGGCUAUUUCGAUCAAUCAUACUUGGACAAAGACUACCAAACACAACAAAUCCACCCAUUGACUAAUUGUACCUAUGAAAGAAGCUGAAGAUAGAAUCGAGUAGCAUAGGUUUUCUGUUUUGCUACAGUAGAGUAGUUCGUAAAGAUGUGUUGGGUGCUUAAUAAGUUCUUUAUUGUUUCUAAGGGGCAAAAAAGUAACACUUCCAAGUAUUAUGAUUACCGCCUUUACAUAGAUCA